GGUGUGUGCUCGUCGCUCGGUCUUCGGUUUGUGUGUAGGCUACUGACUGCCUAGUAGUGAAAAGGUGUAGAAAAAAUUGAAUUGUGAUUCAGUAAUCAAGUAGUUGUAUGAUUAAUCAAUACGUCGAAAUAAAAUUUCGUAAUACACUCUGUGGUUCCUUGAUAAAAUUUAUUCAAUUAAGUCUAGUGGCAAGACAGCGAGCCAUUGUGAACGUUUCAAAUUUACGAGUGAAAAAAUAUUUCAGUGCCAUCGAUAUUGCUACCCGUUGCGCUGCGAUUGUCGAAGUAUAAGUGCCAGUGCCAGACCAGUCCAUGUACGUAGGCUGUUUACUGUAAACAACGGUCGUCGAACGGAGAUGGGGAUGUGAAGAUACCUCUCUUCGAUGGAAACGGGUUCCAGCUUGGACUGGAUGAUAACGCUGCACAGAAACGAAAACGACAGCCAGUCAGUCUCAGUGGUCUCAGUGUCCUCAACGGGGAGGCAAGAGUGUUACAUGACUGAAUAACGCAAAUUGCAAAAAGGGGGUGUCAUUUAAAUGAGCUAUCGUGCCAGAAGAAUGUAGUGAAUAAAACGUAUUCAACAACAACUGUAAGCAAGUUGGUUCAAUUUGCGGAAGCGCUGCUGAUCUGGUGCUGGGUCGUUCAGUGUUCUACAAUUGAAAAAGAUUACCUUUUCUGGCUUCCUAUGCAAGAGCAACGUCUGCGACUCAAUUUUUAUUUUGUGAGUGCUUCCCAUGAAGUGACGGUCACGAUUCAUGCCUUCUGAGCGCACCGUGACAGAAACAAUGCAUUUCUCCAUUCCGGAUACGCAGGAGUUCGGCUCGGACAAUUCCGGAUCAUCGUUCACGGGUUUCAACAUUCACAUCAACGGUAGCUUCCACUGUUGUCUCCGCUACAAGCAACUUCACAGCCUGCACGAACAGCUGAAGCGCUCACUGCCCACGCUGGUACUGCCAAGCUUUCCGCCCAAGAAACUGCUGCCUUUGACGCCCAGCCAAAUCGAGCAGCGGCGAGUCAGCCUCGAGCGGUACAUUCAACUAGUCGGACAAGAUCCAGUGCUAUGCCGUUCGGAGCUGCUCCGAGCAUUUCUGCUCAAUGCGCAACAGGAAUCAUCGUUCACGGAAUGUCGGGAAGUCAACGUGGACGUGUUCCUCAUGAAUGGCUAUCGGAUAUCGACUAAGGCCUUCACCACAGAUUGCUCGAGCAAGGUGCUGGAGAAAGCUUGUGCCCUCGUGGAUCUGCCCAAAGAAUUUACGUACUAUUUCUCACUGUAUCUGAUGCGCAAAGAGACCAACGGGGAGAUUGCCAUCACCAAAAAGCUGAUGGACUUUGAAGCUCCUUACAUUUCCCAAAAACAAUGGGAAGACUGCAAGAUUGUGAUACGAACUAGUUACUGGGACACCAGGUACGAUCUGGAACUGCUGCGGGAUAGAAUCGCAUUGAACCUUCUGUACAUUCAGGCUUUGAGCGACGUAGAACGUGGCUGGAUUAUCACCACUCGUGAUCUGAAUGAACAACUGACGGACUUGCAGGCGCGAGGGAAUAAACGAGAGUAUUUGGAGAUUGUGCGAAAGCUUCCACUCUACGGUUGCUUGCAGUUUCCGCGGGUAUGCGUAGACUAUCCCCAGCAGAACACGAUGGCUACCAUUAUUAUUGGAAAUCGAGAACUGAACAUGCUCACUCAUUGCGGUAAGAAAAUACAGGAAACCAAAUUCAAAGUGACGAGAAUUCGCUGCUGGCGGGUGACAACUAUCCAUAAUAACGAAGAAAUAUCAUCGAACUCAUCCUCCGAAAGCCGUGAAGGUUCCGGUAACCUAGAGCUUUCGUUCGAGUAUUUGAUGGCCAAGAACCAGCUCAAAUGGAUCACCAUUUAUAGCGACCAGUCGAUGCUUAUGUCCGUGUGCCUUCAGUCGAUCGUGGAUGAACUGCUCAAUCAGAAAAACGGAUCUGACAUCAACAAUAUACAGACUCAUCAAGCGGAGUUUGCUCCUCUUUCCUACAUUAGACGGGAUGGUUCCAAUUACUGCAUCACGGAUUCCAGCUCAACCGAUACUCUUAGUAGCAUUAGCGACAGUAACAGUACAACGAAUCAAACCAAUGGCAGUGGCCACAAUGGUACCUCGUUUAUCCGACGCAAAUUGAAGGAGUUUAACACGACGGUUCGUUUCAAAUCGGGCAAAGAUUCCGUUCACAACGAAGCGUUUGAAUGGAUUGGCGAUGAUGAUUUGUAAAUAGAAUAAGUUAACGCUUAGCGAUUCAUCGUUUUUGUUUUCAAGCCAUUUGGAUUAGUUUUGCUUUCCAAUCGCGGAAGUAAAAAACAUAUAAAUAAUUGCAGACAAAAUAGGCCACUCAACUCUAACUUGAAGUUUGCAAAAGCCAUACAACUAUAGAAGAGUACUCGCUGCGGUGGCAGUCAAUUCACAAGCGAAUUUAGCACGUACGGAAGCGCUGCAUUUUUGCCGUUCCCUGAAAUAAUACUAUGAUUACUGUACAUUUUUCUACUUGCGUAUUUUAUUUUGUAAUCUAUAUAGAACUAUAGUUUGCCCAUAUGCUUCCUCGUAUAAUAAAGGAUAAUUUU